AAGAUUUUAAUAGCUCAGCAGAGAGUACCUUAUCAUCUGCAUUUUUCCACCUGUAAAAUCUUAUGACAUUUAAGUGUCAGCAUUAACUUAAUGUCCUCCACUGAACUCUUUGGCCUCCUGAAAAAUAAAAAUAGUGCCCGGUUUACGAUGUAAAUGGAAAGACUAGAUCCUUAGAUAGACUACGCCUUGAGCUGGGUGCUGCCAAGGGCCAGGGUUGCAUAAGUGACAACAUUAAAGGCCUCUUACGAGGGUUUGGGGCUCAUUGAUGGUUCCCAGGACUUUGACUCAGGACUGUUGUGGGGCUUUGGGGAACAUCUAAAAGAGGGAUUCAUUUUACAGGCCUCGUUGAGUCCUUGGCCAAUAUACCGGAGGUGUUGUUUCCUGACACACAGGAGGUCAUGAUUCACAAAGACAGACAAGGGGGUGUUGGUGGUCGCCAUGGCAGCCCGAGCUCCAUGUCCCUGCACAGACAACACUCCAAACUCCCCCCUAAAGAGGUGUUCAACGACAUCAUGUACAUAGUGGGCGGCUGGACCCAGGAGGACCCCUCUUGCCCAGUGGAACAGUUCUACCCCCUGGAGAAUGAGUGGAAGAACAUGGCCUCCAUGGUCAAUCACCGUGGUAACGUGGCCGUGUGCGGCCUGUAUGGAAAGAUCUACACAGUGGGCGGGUCCGAUGGUGUCACCUAUAAAAGCAAUGUGGACAGGUACGACCCACAAACUAAUAUCUGGAGUAACGACGUGACCCCACUGAGCAGCCCCCGCAGCGGAGUGUGUCUGGUGGAGAUGGAUGGAUACCUGUACGCCCUUGGAGGGUAUGACGGCAUGGUCUGCACCAACACUGUUGAGAGGUAUAAUCCCAAAAUGAACAGCUGGACGAAGCAGGCUCCGAUGCUGAGCCGGCGUUGUGGGGCAGCUGCUGCUGUGAUGGAGGGUCAGCUGUACGUGAUUGGAGGCAGCGAUGGAGACAUACCCAUGAACACAGUGGAGCGUUUUAAUCCCUUGGACGGGAUAUGGUAUGCGUGCCCCCCCAUGUUGACCGCUAGAGAGAACGCUGGCUGCUGUGUGUACCUGGGACGUCUGUUUGUGACGGGAGGACGGGAUGACCUCAACCUGGAGCUCAGCACGGCAGAGAAGUUUGAUCCAGACGCUCUGCGAUGGACCCCCGUCAAACACAUGAGGUGCAAGAGGAACAACAUGUCCCUGAUGGUGUUCAACGGGUCGUUGUUGGCUGUAGGAGGCUCUGAUGGCGUUACCAAUCUGAAAACAAUAGAAGUAUACAACCACGAGUCAAACACAUGGAGACACUUUGGGAGCAUGAAGACCAAGCAUCCAGGAGGCCAUGUUGCCAUGUUGAACACAAAACAUGGUUACAGCCUGUAACUGGAUAUGGCUUUGAUGGAAAAUAACUUAUGGAUUCAUCAUAUGUAUUAUGAUAUUAUUUAUUUAUGAUUUAUAAAGUGUAUGUCCAAGUAGUAAUCAUAACCACAAAUAUGAUUUAUACAAUUAUUUGACUAUGUAACAUAGGACAAUUACAGCUGGAAGCUGUAUGGAAUUUCUGCGACGGCAACUGUUAGACUCCUGUAAAUAGUGUUGUGCUUCUUCAAUAGAAAUGGUUUAUUGAUGGGUGUAUGCUGAAGGGAAAGGCAAGGAUGGGAACAUUGAAGGAUGAUUGAGAAAAGUCAUUUAGAAUGUGUAUGGCUGUGUCCCAAAUGACACCUUACCCAGUUAGCACAUUUGGUUCCUUGGAAGUUGUGGGAAUGUAUGUUUUUGGUUUUACAUUGGUCAUGGGAACGAAGCCAUACUUUUCCUGACAGGUAAAACUGAAAGCUUUUCAAAAGUUCUGAGAACAGAAGUAAAAAUGUUGCCUGUUCUGGGAACAUUUAUUUUUUUGUUUGCAGGGAGGUUCUGACUGAGAAUGUUUUACUCUGGUUCCUUGAAUGUUUUUCUGGGAGGUUAAUUAAUUAAUUAAUGCUCUGAGAACAGAAAUUAUAGGUUAUUUGGAGAUUUUUGAAUAACUUCCUUAAAACUUUCAAUUAAUGUUUCAAUAAAACUUAAUAAAACUGCUA